AGGAGGGGGCGCUAGGGAUGCCCCGAGGGCGCCUCACCUGCGGGAGGGCACGUCCCGGGCUUUUAUCUUCCGAGACGGGGCCUGCGCGGGGAAGGCGCUGAUUCGCCCAUCCUUCCUACCACCGCCCACCCGAGCUUCCACGCAGCAGUAGCCGCCAGCUCGCCGCCCGGUGCCGGAGCGUGGGGCCGCUGGGGCCCCUCCAACUCUCGCCUCCGCGCUCCUACUGGCCCUUCUCCUCUUUCCCCUCGCCGAGCCGGGUCUGGAGCCUCACCCCCGCACCCCUCCAACUCCGGACGCGCUCGCCGAGAGGGCGGCGACUGCGGGGAGGGAGGGGCGCCGCCCGCCUCUCGGGGCCUGGAGCGCGCGUGGCCCCGGAGCCGCCAGCGCCGCGCGGGGACUCACUGUGCAGCGCGCCGCGCCCCGACUCGGCUGACUCCGCUCGGCGCGCGGGCGGGCCAGAGGAUGCUGGCGGGCUUCCCCGGCCUCGGCCCGCGCUCCCGCCGGCGAGGGCCCCGGAUGCGCCCCUAGCCGCGCCGCCGCCGCCGCGACCACUGCGGGACCAGAGGGAGGGGGCCGGCCGCGCACGCCGGCCCCGCGAGCCGCAGCCCUAGCGGCGGGCGCCCCCGAAUUUUCCAGCCUUCGCCGCCGCCUCCUCCUUCCUCCUGCGGCUGGGCGCCUGUGGAUGCUGAGGGGCAGCCCUGAGCCUCUGCCGGCCGGAUUCCCUGGCUGACGGCGGGAGAGUCGCGCCCGGGCCGGGGGCCGGGGACUGUGGCACUGCCAGAGCGGCGGGGCUCGGCGGGAAGCAGCCCCCCAGGCGCGCUGAGACCUCCUGUCCCCCAAGCCGCACGCGUGACCCGGCCCCGAAGCCGGCGUAGGUACCGACCAGGACCACGCUACUCCCGAGUUCCCACACAGUUCCAGAUGAUCAGCGCUACCUGUGCCCCAGAAACCGGCUCUGCGUUCCUGCCCGACGUGGCUGGCCCUUAGCCUUUCCCCGUUUCAGAGCCCCUCCUGUGUUCCCCAUCCAGUUCUCCAGAGCCAGUAGAAGCAGACACGGCAGCCAGGAUGCCAAGGACCCAGGGCUUCUCUGAUCCCGAGUACUCCGCCGAGUACUCCGCCGAGUACUCCGUCAGUCUGCCCUCUGACGCUGACCGAGGGGUGGGCCGGACCCAUGAAAUCUCUGUCCGGAACUCGGGAUCCUGCCUCUGCCUGCCCCGCUUCAUGCGCCUGACCUUCGUGCCCGAGUCCUUGGAGAACCUGUACCAGACCUACUUCAAAAGGCAGCGCCAUGAGACGCUGCUGGUGCUGGUGGUCUUCGCGGCCCUCUUCGACUGCUACGUGGUGGUCAUGUGCGCGGUGGUCUUCUCCAGCGACAAGCUGGCUCCUCUGGCCAUGGCCAGUGUUGGGCUGGUGUUGGACAUCAUCCUCUUCGUGCUCUGCAAAAAGGGGCUGCUCCCCAACAGGGUCACCCGGAAGGUGGUCCCCUACCUGCUGUGGCUGCUGAUAACAGCCCAGAUCUUCUCCUACCUGGGCCUGAACUUCUCCCGUGCCCACGCUGCCAGCGACACGGUGGGCUGGCAGGCCUUCUUUGUCUUCUCCUUCUUCAUCACGUUGCCCCUCAGCCUCAGCCCCAUCGUCAUCAUCUCUGUGGUCUCCUGUGUCGUGCACACCCUCGUCUUGGGGGUCACCGUGGCCCAGCAGCAGCAGGAUGGGCUGAAGGGGAUGCGGUUGCUGAGGGAGAUCCUGGCCAACGUCUUCCUUUACCUGUGCGCCAUCGUCGUGGGCAUCAUGUCCUACUACAUGGCAGACCGCAAGCACCGCAAGGCCUUCCUGGAGGCCCGCCAGUCGCUGGAGGUGAAGAUGAACCUGGAGGAGCAGAGCCAGCAGCAGGAGAACCUUAUGCUUUCCAUCCUGCCCAAGCACGUGGCUGAUGAGAUGCUGAAGGACAUGAAGAAGGACGAGAGCCAAAAGGACCAGCAACAGUUCAACACCAUGUACAUGUACCGCCACGAGAAUGUCAGCAUCCUCUUUGCUGACAUCGUGGGCUUCACCCAGCUGUCUUCGGCCUGCAGUGCCCAGGAGCUCGUGAAGCUGCUCAACGAGCUCUUUGCCCGCUUUGACAAGCUGGCGGCCAAAUACCACCAGCUCCGGAUUAAGAUCCUGGGUGACUGUUACUACUGCAUCUGCGGCCUGCCUGACUACCGGGAGGAUCACGCCGUCUGCUCCAUCCUCAUGGGGCUUGCCAUGGUGGAGGCCAUCUCGUAUGUGCGGGAGAAGACGAAGACCGGGGUGGACAUGCGUGUGGGGGUGCACACAGGCACCGUGCUGGGGGGCGUCCUGGGCCAGAAGCGCUGGCAGUACGACGUGUGGUCCACCGACGUCACCGUGGCCAACAAGAUGGAAGCCGGCGGCAUCCCAGGGCGCGUGCACAUCUCCCAGAGCACCUUGGACUGCCUGAAAGGAGAGUUCGAUGUGGAGCCAGGCGAUGGGGGCAGCCGCUGCGAUUACCUGGACGAGAAAGGCAUUGAAACCUACCUUAUCAUUGCGUCCAAGCCAGAGGUGAAGAAGACGGCCGCCCAAAAUGGCCUCAAUGGCUCAGCCUUGCCGAAUGGAGCGCCGCCAUCCUCAAAGCCCAGCUCCCCUGCCCUCAUCGGGACCAAGGAGCCCGACGGGAGCAUCCACACUAGCGGCUCCACGUCGGAGGAGCCUGAGGAGCAGGAUGCCCCAGCCGACAACCCCUCAUUCCCCAACCCCCGCCGGAGGCUGCGCCUUCAGGACCUGGCUGACCGCGUGGUGGACGCCUCUGAGGACGAGCACGAGCUCAACCAGCUACUCAACGAGGCCCUGCUGGAGCGGGAGUCCGCCCAGGUAGUGAAGAAGAGAAACACCUUCCUCCUGUCCAUGCGGUUCAUGGACCCCGAGAUGGAAACCCGCUACUCGGUGGAGAAGGAAAAGCAGAGUGGGGCUGCCUUCAGCUGCUCCUGCGUCGUCCUGCUCUGUGCGGCCCUGGUGGAGAUUCUCAUCGACCCCUGGCUCAUGACAAACUAUGUGACUUUUGUGGUUGGGGAGGUUCUGCUCCUGAUCCUGACAGUCUGCUCCAUGGCUGCCAUCUUUCCACAGGCCUUUCCCAAGAAGCUCGUGGCCUUCUCGACUUGGAUCGACCGGACCCGCUGGGCCAGGAAUACCUGGGCCAUGCUGGCCGUCUUCAUUCUGGUUAUGGCAAACGUCGUGGACAUGUGUCUGCUGUUCCCUUGCACCCGGCGUUCGCCCGGCGGUCCUGGCCUCCAGCUCAGCUGUCUCCAGUACUACUCGGGGCCCAGCAACAGCACGGCGGGGGUGCAGGUGGAGGACGGCUGCGUGGAGAAUCCCAAGUACUACAACUACGUGGCUGUGCUGUCCCUCAUUGCCACCAUCAUGCUGGUGCAGGUCAGCCAUAUGGUGAAGCUCACGCUCAUGUUGCUCAUCGCCGGGGCCGUGGCCGUCAUCAACAUCCACGCCUGGCGCCCCAUCUUCGAUGAAUACGACCACAGACGUUUCCAGGAACAUGACUUUCCGACAGUCGCCUUAGAGAAGAUGCAGGUGUUCUCCAGCCCUGGGCUCAAUGGCACUGACAGGCUGCCCCUGGUGCCUUCCAAGUACUCCAUGACGGCCAUGGUCUUCAUCAUGAUGCUGAGCUUCUACUACUUCUCCCGCCAUGUGGAGAAACUGGCACGGACAUUGUUCCUGUGGAAGAUUGAGGUCCACGACCAGAAGGAACGUGUCUACGAGAUGCGGCGUUGGAACGAGGCCUUGGUCACCAACAUGCUGCCUGAGCAUGUGGCACGUCACUUCCUGGGGUCCAAGAAGAGAGAUGAGGAGCUGUACAGUCAGUCUUACGAUGAGAUUGGAGUCAUGUUUGCCUCCCUGCCCAACUUCGCUGACUUCUACACAGAGGAGAGCAUCAAUAACGGGGGCAUCGAGUGUCUGCGCUUCCUCAACGAGAUCAUCUCAGAUUUUGACUCUCUCUUGGACAACCCCAAAUUCCGGGUCAUCACCAAGAUCAAAACCAUCGGCAGCACCUACAUGGCAGCUUCAGGAGUCACCCCCGAUGUCAACACCAACGGCUUCACCAGCUCCAACAAGGAGGAGAAGUCGGACAAGGAGCGCUGGCAGCACCUGGCGGAUCUGGCGGACUUUGCGCUCGCCAUGAAGGACACGCUCACCAACAUCAACAACCAGUCCUUCAACAACUUCAUGCUGCGCAUCGGCAUGAAUAAAGGAGGGGUGCUGGCUGGGGUCAUUGGAGCCCGGAAACCACACUAUGACAUCUGGGGCAAUACAGUCAACGUUGCCAGCAGGAUGGAGUCCACAGGGGUCAUGGGCAACAUUCAGGUGGUGGAAGAAACCCAAGUGAUCCUCCGGGAGUACGGCUUCCGCUUUGUGAGGAGGGGGCCCAUCUUUGUGAAAGGGAAGGGGGAGCUGCUAACCUUCUUCCUGAAGGGCCGCGACAAGCCAGCCGCCUUCCCGAACGGCUCUUCUAUCACGCUGCCCCACCAGGUAGUGGACAACUCCUGAAUGGCCUCCAGCCCCACAAGAAUCCUAGUGGGAAGGGAGUUUAUUUUGGGGAAUCAAAGAAAGGCCUUGGGAAAGACAAAUGACCAAGUCCCAGCAUUCCCCAACUGUUGAAGUGCACACUCACAUAGACUUUAGAUUUAAAAAUCUCCUGAAGCCUUCAUUUGUUCGUGGAUGUGUGAGCUCUGAGGGUGGCCAGGCUCUUCCUGUGUGCCUGUAGCUUCCCCAGAGAGUAGGGCUCUUAGGCAUAGUCCUUGAACAAUCCUUCCAGAGCCCAGGUUCCGACCAGCCCUCCUUCCCCCGAGAGGCCAUGGCCACUGUGAGCAGGAACUUAUGGGAGCUGGAACAAGGCUGCUGCCUUUGGGCCGGGCUGGGCGCACAGGCGGGGAAGUUCUGCUUAAGACGAGGGCAGCAGGUGCUCUGCCCCAGCUAGACCUGGGAAGCAGUGCUUUCCAUCCGCUGUGGUCUCAAUUAGGUGAAAUGGCCCUCGUCCUGAUAAUCUUGAAAGGUUCUUCUGGAACCCCAGUCACCUUAGUCAUGACAGCAGAAAGUGCAAUAUUUUCCUUUUACCUGGGGGAGGGAGGGAAAGGGACUUUAUUUCUGAAAGAAAAAUAUAUAAAUAGAUCUUCUACAUUUAUAUUUUUAACUUUCUGUUAAAAAACACUCCAAUAUUGCCUUGCCUUCUGAGCUCUUGCUACAGUCACCUUUGCUACUGCUUUAAAAGAGAACUUACAGGUAUUGAUAAAAAAGAAGACUGUUUUAUUAAAAGCUUUAUUCAACUUGAA